AUGGCUCGUUACUCUACUGUUGGUCGUAUGUCUAUCGGCAGCCUAGACGAUGAUCAAUUCUAUAGUGCACCGUCCAGUCGUAUAGCUAGCCGACAUGUUAGUCUUAUAGCCUCACACAACCUACAAGAGACGGGCCACGGCACAAUAUCCGCGCAGUCCCCCAACUCAUCCUACCAGCCCGGUUGCUCAGCUCCUGUGUCACCCCUAGAACCUCAAAUUCCGGGGUUGAAUCAUACAUCGAAGCCGCGAGUGGCAACCCCUUUUGCUAUAAACUAUCACCAUAAUCCGAGGCGUCAUCAUUUCUGCCCGAAGUAUAUAUGUCGUCGUUUCCAUAGAACGUUCCAUGGCACGUCAGAAAGCAUUCCACUACUUCAACCACUGGUGAACGACUCAAAUAUAGAUACUAACGGCUAUAUGAAGCCUUUGGCAUCAUCCCCUGGAUCCCCUGGAUCCCCUACAUCAACAGAUUGCUGGAGUCCAGUGUACACCGGGGCCCAGACUCCUCGUUCGGAAUUAGAUGGAACUACGUUCGAUAGUCCAAUUACCAUUAAUAGACAGGUAGCAGAUACCAUUGCUUGCAACAUACGAGCCUACUUGUCUAAUAGAGGGCAUAAUAAUCGUUCAUCUCGAACAGAGAGGCCAGCAAGCAUUGACGAGAAUCUGCCCCCCCUAUCAAGAUUGUGUACUGGCCAGGAUAGCAUUGGGAUUGGUCACCCUAAAGUUAACGAAUCGGCGACGGAGAGCUAUCUAGUUACCACGGAAGAUAUUGCGGGGAUUCUAGAUAUCGUAAUUGCUGGUAUCCGCUGUGUUCGCAAUGACAGUUCGGUAGCUGAAUGUCUUUCGAUGUUAUUACCUAAAGAACCACUGGCAAAGCCUACACCCAGCAUGAACUUUAUUGUUCCUGGAUCACCUAGCAUUGCUUAUCCAGCUACGACGAUCAGCUCCGUCCGACCUUCCUUCAGCAUAGCCAGUUGCUCUGACUACCAUGGUCAUUGUGUUGACACGGCUAGAACGACGUUUAUUUCUCGACAAAGCAUAACCGAGGUCACAUAG